AUGGAGGUGACCACUAACCCUGAGGAGGUUGACCACCUGGCAGGCAUUAGCGAGAAGACAUAUGCCGCACACUCCGGACAAGCCGUUGGACGACAGCGAGUCACCGGCCUCGAGGCUUGUAUUCCCAUGAUUCUCAACCACUCCUCGGUCGUCAACUUCGGCGUGAUCAUCCUAGCCUCGUGGGAGUCCUUCGCCGUCACAUUCCAAUUCGCCUUGGCGAACGGCGGCCCAGCUUCCAUGUUCUAUGGCUCCAUCCUGGCGAGCUUAGGAGCCUGUGCUGUCGGGUUCUCGCUGGCUGAGCUGGCAUCGAUCGAUCCGACUGUUGGCGCGCAAUACCGCUGGACUGCGAACCUCGCUCCCGGUGCUAACCGGUUCUGGGGCCUGCUUCAAGGUAUUGCAUCAUUCGGGCCAAAGUCGCCCUGA